AUGAAAGCAAUCUGUCCAUUCGCUAACCUCUCAAUUAUUCAACCUCCCCCACACUCCUCAUCGUCUCAGCUUCAUCUCAAUCUAUCCUCAACCCCUUCUUCAUCUUCACCAAUCGACACCCCCUCCUUCUCACCCAACACACCUACCGAAAAGCCCCAACCGCAACAUUCCGCUCGAGGUGGUAAAUCACCUGGCGAACAUGAACUAGACUUGAACCAGCCAGUAUCGACAUUAUUGAAGCUGGGUACACAACGAGCGCAUGUUAAGGCCGAGCACUCUGCUGGGGCCGCUGCGCUCGUCCAAGGUGGAUUGGGGUUGGAGGAAUAUAUAAGGUGGUUGGCCGUGUUGUGGAGAAUCUAUGAUACCCUCGAGCUCGGUCUAGCCGAAAACUCUUCCAACCCCGUCCUGGCACCUACAUACGACCCCACCCUCUUAGCUCGUGCACCCGCCUUAGCAGAGGACAUAUCCUACCUACUCACUCAGCUCCCUUCUUCCUCUUCAUCUGCAAGCUCAGCAUUCAAUUCCUCUCUAUCAUCCAACGCCACUUCCUUACCCCCAUUCGCAGUUCCUCCAUUCCUUGAAGAAAUAUUCGUCUCCCCUCCAGAACCAUUAUCAAAUUACAUCAACCAUCUCAAAUCACUCUCUACCUCAUCAUCUUCCUCCUCGAAAUUAUUGGCCCAUUCAUACGUGAGGUAUCUAGGUGAUCUAUCAGGAGGUCAAUUCAUCGGCGCGAGAGUCAAGAAAUCGUAUGACCUCUCAGGAGAGGAUGGAACGAAAUUCUAUUAUUUCGAAUUCCAAAAUAGAUCCAACGAAGAGGACAACGAGUCAAAAUUCGAUGCGAAGAAGAGAUUGGGUGAGGUUAAAGAUUGGUUCAGGAAAGGGAUGGAUGAAGGUGUAGGUGAAGAUCAGGUGUUAAAAGCCGACCUAGUUGAAGAAGCCAAUAUCGCUUUUUCACUCAACACCGACCUAUUCUCAGUCAUAAGAUUGCCUUCUUCCUCUUCCGCUCAGACUUCAACUGCAGCCAAACAGAAAGGGGUCGAACCGGAAUCAACCGCAGCGGACAGAUUGAAUUCAAUUAUUUGGUUCCUCGUAGCUGCCGGUGCGGGUGUGUUGUUGAAUGUAUAUGUUCAACCGAUAGUGAGCGAUUGGAUCAAUGGGAAGAGGAAUGGUAUAUAG